CAAAUUUUUCGAACUUUUACUUAGUAGGUAUUUAAAAAUUUUAGUGUUGUGGAUAAACAUGGCAGCUAAAAACUUUUGACCUGUUUUGGAAUCUACUGAGACAACGACCUUGCAUGAGAUGAUGAGAAAUCUUCGCUACGGCUCAUGAACCUUUAAGCGAUGGUGAAUAACAUAAUUCCCUUUUUUUUAUAUGGAUCCGUUAGGAGCUUCUGAUGCAUUAGGGCUUGACCCACAAUCAACUAAUGGUAAUGGAAACUUAGAUGAUGUCCUCAGAAAUACACGAUUAAGUUCAAGCAAUCAUGAAGACAUUAGAGAUACAAAUAUCAUGUUUCAUGCUCCACUUUCUGACAUUGAUAAUGAUGUGCUUGGUUUGUACAAUAUUGAUAGCAAUACACUGCACCACAGUGAGAUAAUGUCACAUCAUAAUGAAAUGGUUUCCAAUGAAAGUGAGUUAUCUAUGAUCAGUGAAACAAAUGACAUUAGUCUUGAGCCAGAAGACAAUAGUCAUGCAUUUGAAAGGGAUGAACUUAUUUUUGAAGAGAAUAAUGAUUUGUCUCCUGAAUCUUUUGAUGGAAAUGCAACAUGUGAAUACUGUGGGGUUGUUGGAGUUCAGGAUUCAUUUUACUCAAAAAGCAAACGUUUCUGCAAAAUGGAAUGCUCAAAAAAGUACUCAGCACUAUUCCAAAAAAAAGGACCUGGUACUAGGCAACUGAAUCUGCCACAAAAAAGAGGAAAAAAAGAAAGACCUCAGUCUAAAUUAAAAAAGAUUAAACUAGAACAAGCAAGUGACCCAGGUAUGUUGUCAACAUUAGAGUCAAGUUUGGAACAAGUAACGAUUAAUGAGUUCAAAUCUCAAGCUAAUUUUUCUACUAGAAACGAAGAAAAUAAUGAAGAUGGUGGAAAUUGGAUUGAUCAGGAGUUUAAUUGGAAAGAUUAUUUGGAGCAGACUGGUGACAAACCUGCUUCAGAACGGCUUUUUAAACAUGUGGUAAAAGCUCCAAGGCUAUCAGAAGUUCAUCAUGGUUUGAAAGUUGAAGUAAUAAAUGAUCAUUCUGAACAAAACAAUGACUCAGAUGUGUGCUUUUGGGUUGCCACUGUCAUCAAUACAGAUUGCAACAUGAUGUUGUUAAGAUAUUGUGGUUGUCCUGAUGAUACUUCAGAUUUUUGGUUCGAUGUACGUUCAAAGCAUUUGCACCCAGUUGGUUGGUGUUAUAGAGCUCGAUAUCGUCUUGUACCCCCUGCAGAGAUACGAAACAUAAUAUCAGAUUGGCAAAAAUAUAUAUUUCAAGAGCUUUCAGGUUGUCGUACUUUAUCUGCAGAAUUUAUGGAACAAGUACAGAAAGGACAUUAUAAUAAAUUUGAGAUUGGGAGUAAAGUUGAGGUGUGUGAUAAACGGAACUUGCUAUCAAUGUGCGUUGCAACAAUUAUUGAUAUAGUUGGAGAUAGACUGCGGUUGCGCUAUGAUGGUUUGGAUGAUGAGUUUCCUAGUGAUUCAUGGGCUCAUUUUUUAUCUAGUGACAUUCAUCCUGUUGGUUGGUCUCAAUUAGUAGGACACACAUUAUCUCCACCAAUAGGUUGGAAGCAUUCAUUAACAGAAUGGAAUGAAUUUCUUGCUGAAGACUUGCAUGAUUCAAAAGAUGCCCCACAAGACUGUUUUGUUCCUGAGUCUAUGGGUACUCCACCUUCAAGUAAUGGGUCAUUUGAAAUCGGAAUGAAGUUAGAAGCUUUAGACCCAUUCAAUCCAUUGUGUCUUACAGUUGCGAGUGUUGUUAAAAUACUUCAUUUUAAUUAUUUUGUAGUGGGACUUGAUGGUCAAGAAGUAUUUUUUAUUUGUCAUUCUAGUAGCAAUAGCAUUUUUCCUGUUGGUUGGUCUAAACAACACAAAGUGUUUUUAACUCCACCCAAAGAUAUGAUUGGGAAGCCUUUUGAUUGGGACAAAUAUUUGCUUAAAUGUGACUCUAUUGCAGCCCCUGCUCAUUUAUUUUUGCACCUAAAAAAAAGAAUAUAUCCAUUUGAGAUCGGAACCAAGGUUGAAGCAGUGGAUUUGCGUGAACCUUCUUUUAUUUGUCCUGCUACUAUUGUUGCCAUACAUGGUAGUUUACUUCGUGUCCACUUUGAUGGAUGGGAUUCAACUUUUGAUCAAUGGGUUAGCCAUGAAUCAUAUGAUUUGUUUCCAGUAAAUUGGUGUGAAAGAAAUGGAAAAUCUUUGCAACCACCAGGAUCGCUGUCGCCAGACCCAGUUCUUGAAGCAAUCAGAGGGAAAAAAUCUCAACGCAGAACAACUACACCUGGACGUAUUGGGCGUCCUCCUGGCUCCUUAAAUAAAAGUCAUACUACUAGAACUUCAACCGGAAGAAAUUCUUCUGGUAAGGGAGCUAAAGGUGGAAAAGCUGAAGCCAAACAAGGAAAACUAAAGCGUACUCCUUCUGGCUCAAAUAUUCCAUUUGAGAAACAAAGGUUUGGAAAUUUACGAGAAAUGAGAAAAGGAGGAGAAGUGCAAUUUGCUUUUAAUCAAUAUUGUGCUUGCGGUCCAUUUCUGAACCCAGAUGAAAUUAGAAAACUACCAGAUUCAAUAAGUGGUUAUUUAAAUGGACCUCCUCAUCAAAACUGUAUAAGAAAAAGCUUACACGAAAUCGUUAAUGCAGCGGUUGAUCCCAACCAGUUAUUAGAAUUAUUUAGUAGAGAGUUUUAUCAAUCAAAAAGACAUAAGGAUUUAAAAUUAGACAAUUCAAUAUGUCUUGAAAUAACGGGCAAAAAUGGAAAACGCUUUUUAAGGCGUGUUAGAGGUCCUAGCAGAUCUAGUAUUCUUUCCAAAUACUUGCGACGUAUCUGUGAAAUGCUUCAAUGUUGUCCAAAUAUGAUUGUAGAGGAGAGGUUUCCGUCAGGCAAAUGUCUCACUGGUUGUCAUAAUAUAUAUAGAGAUGGGUCUUCAUCUGUAUUACAUAUUGAUGGGAUGUCUCAACAUAAUGUUAAAAUUAUUGAUGAUGACAAUAUGGAUGAUUACGAUGAAAAAGAUUAUGCUAAAAUGGAAGAAUAUUCUCCUCAAUCUGACAAAUUAGUGACUUCUAAUUCUUUUGUUACAAGCUCGCAACGGCAUUUAUCGUUAGAUUCACCUUGCAACCCCUCUUCGUCAUCAGCUGAUAGAGGUAUUGAUCCUCUAAAUUUACUGGAUCAAGAGUUUUUAAGUUCAAAGGAUCCACGCGAAUGGAGCGUACAAGAGGUUAUGGAUUUUAUGACUGCUAUUGGAUGUCCUGCUCACGCCCCAUCGUUUCAAAAACAGGAGAUCGACGGUAAGGCGUUGUUCCUGUUAUCGUUUGAUGAGUUAGAGUCGUUAACGGAAAACAAACUUGGUCCAAUCACUAAGUUAAAAGAUGCCAUUAAAAGCUUAAAGAAAAUGUGGCAAAUAACGACUCUUCCGAAUCACGUUACAACAACGUGAUAGUUUUGAUAGUUUUUUUCUGAUAAUAGUAGGCGUUGCUUUUUUUAACUUAACUGAUAUUUUGCAAAUGUUCUUCGCGAAAUUUUUUUUUAAUAUCGAGCUUUUAAAGCACAAUCGAACUUUUUCCUUGCGCUUGUGAAACUUUUUUUUAAUCUAAAAAUUAUUUUGUAAAUAUGGUGACGUGGACUUGCUUUGUAAUAUAAGAAGGGUCAUAUGCUAUGUAUAUAUUUUUGCUAACGCAUCCCGCUUUGAAGUUUGGUACUCGCUCUCUCUCUCUGUUAGUGCAGUUUCCUUUUCUAAAUCUUUUCUGUCAGUUUUAUAGGCGAGCAUUUUUUAGAUGAGGGAAAUUGCUUUAAACAUUGGUGCGGGCGAGUCAGAGUUUUAUUUUUGAUAAAUUGAAUCAUUGUCAAUAAAUAAAUCAUAAUUUAUACGUUGGAUUGUAAGCACUACAGAUGCCUCCACUUUUAAGUUUAGGUCCAGGUGCCUACUAAAAAUUGAGCACGGACUGCAAAUUUAAAAGUGGUUGCAAUUCUGUGGACAAUUCUUUAUAAACUUUGUGACAAUCAUGUUUUUUAAUGGUUGCCACAGUAAAA